AUGAUUUAGUAUCAGGCUCAUGGUAACUGAGGCCAAAGGUGGUGCUGCAGGCUCAAAGCAGAUUACUAGAUAUUGCGUCUCACCAUCAUCAAUUUGCAUCAAUACUCCAGGGUUCUAUUCCGUAAGCUAGAUGACCAAAAACCAACUGUCUUGGCGGCUGUAGGAUUCCGCAGGUACUAAACAGCGGUCGAAGCACAUCGACCCCAUCCUCAGACUAACAGUGGUGCCUUACGCCCUACGGUAGACGCCAGCGAUGAAAGCGAAUGACGGAUAAAACCCAGGGAGUGCUCCUGGGAAAAUAGCUAGGCGCCGACCAAAACCUCCCUUGCUCCCCCAACAUGACAGUGGCGGGGUCAGCAGCAGCGCAGUUCGCUUCAAUUGAGGAGCUUCUCCUAAUCCUUGCUCAUCAUGUCAAUGACCAUGGCACUCUCUGGUCCCUCUGCCUCUCGAGCUGGAGGUUUAACUGCGUUUUCACGCCAAAGUUAUUCGAACACAUAAUAGUUCGCGCCGAAGAAGACGACGAUGGGACAGGCAUUCAACAUACUGUUGAUGGCUUACUAGCAGGGCCAUACCUUCAUGACCUCAGGCACUUGCAUUUGAUAAUGGGAAAUGGGCCCGACUAUCCUAAGACGAUUUUAGAUAUGGUAAAGGAACUGCUUAGCCACACACCACUCCUUAAAAUCUUCACCUGGGAUUCCGAGCAUGGCGAAAUUCCCGUCUCCAUGCUGGUGCACCUGAGCAAGCAGUGCGCACAGCUCGAGGAAUUACACCUGAGCUCCGGGGUCACAGAGAAUCACUUCCGCUAUGGGCUCCGGAAUGUCCCGGAUAAGCCGGUCUUCGAAAACAUACGGAUUUUCACGUGUAGCAGCAUCGCGACUUGGCAUGCAUUCUAUAUCCUAAACCAAUGCCCGAAUGUCGAGAUCGUGGAAAUGACGCACAUGGAACACAUGCUGGCGCUGGGGUGGAUGCAUGGUGGCAACUACCAUGGACAUCUUAAAGCCCUGAUCGUCCGCGAGGAGUUCAUCCGCGCACGUUCUGGAAGACCACUGAAGAUGAUCAUGUGCUAUUCGCGAAUUGCAAGGGUGCUCUACGGGUGUGAGGUUUGUGAUAGCCCUGGGAUGAAUACGUACGAGCUACACAACGAUAAGUAUACCGAGGUAUGGCCUUGGGCCGCCGGCAGAGCCAGGCAGUUUCUCUAUCCUGGGCAAGUGAGACAUAUCACAUAUGAAUACCCUUACCCAGAACCGUCUGAAAUGGAUAUCCCAUCCCUAACUAUUAGAACAAUAUAUUAGCCCGGGCAUUUGCAAUGACCCAACCCCAGAGAUGUAUGCAUUCAAGGAUCGCUAGAAUCUUUGAUCAUUAUCAUCUCCAUUACAGAGAAGACAGGCUCUUGAAAGUGAGGCAC